GUGAUUGCUCGUGCAGAGACCUUGCGACGUAGUCGAUAGGUUUGCUGGAAUAACAACCAAAAACAGACAUGAGGAGGGUAUCCAUCGCCCACGAUUAGCUGCUCCUCUCAAAGGCUUCCGCGAACAACGACAUUUGUUAUUUUCCCGGAACAAGCGGAGCUAGUCUUGGACAUGUCCGACAAACAAGUCUUGCUCCUUGGUGGUCACGGGAAGGUCGCCUUGCACUUGACGCCGCUCCUUCUCGCAAAGUCGUGGAAUGUCACAUCGGUCGUGCGCAAUCCAGAUCACGAGGCUGACAUCCUCAAGCUCGGGGAGAACAAGCCUGGCAAGAUCGAGGUGCUCCUCGACAGUCUGGACGACGUGACGUCGGUGGAGCAUGCGGAACGAGUCCUCGACAAGGUGAGGCCCGACAUCGUGGUGUGGUCUGCGGGAGCUGGAGGCAAGGGCGGGCCCGCACGCACCAAGGCCGUCGACGAGGUCGCCGCGAAGCACUACAUCUCCGCCUCGGUGGCGCGGCCGAGCGUGAAGAAAUUCAUGAUGGUCAGCUACAUUGGCUCUCGGCGCAACAGGCCGGCCUGGUGGAACGACGACGACUGGAAGGCCGCCCAGCACAUCAACACCGACGUUCUGCCGGCCUACUUCGCCGCCAAGGUGGAAGCGGACGAGCAUCUCGCCGCCCUGGCGCACAGGCGGAACGUCGUGGACACCAAGUUUCAGGCGAUCAACCUGCGGCCCGCAACGCUCACGGACGAGCCCAGCACCGGCAAAGUCACGCUGGGUAAGACCAGAGCGAGGGGCCAGGUGAGCCGAGAGACCGUGGCGAGGCUUGCGGUCGCGAUGCUGGAACGUGACGACACCAGGGGCUGGUAUGAUUUCUACGAAGGCGACGAGCCCAUCGACGAAGCUGUUGCGAGAGUGGUCAAGGAAGGCUGGGAUGGUAUCGAGGGAGAGGAUCUGGAUCGAAUUUAUGGGCGAACCGGUCUUUAUACGUUUUAGGUCGUAUGCGCUCCGCACUGAGAGAACAUUUUUAGGACGGAAUGGGAUUCGCUCCUCGAUUGGGCAAAGUAUGGAACAGUCCCCUGGCCAAAAUUGAUCUGAGAGAAGGGACGUCUUUCAACUCUAUGUGCAUACAUCGACUUCUUUUAUUGCCAUUAAGUAUUAUGACAUCAGCUGAUCGGUUUGGUCGACGAAUGACUUUGAUGAUCGGAGCUGUCAUCUUCCUUAUUGGCUGCUCUCUCCAGCUUGUUGCUAAUUUUGCUGAGUAUCUACAGCGUCGGACGGUUCUUUGCGGCUUGUUAAUCCCGUACAUAGGCACUCUCUACGCCGGUUGUGUUAUCGCUGGUAUUGCUACCGGUCUUUGCGCCGUUGUCAACCCUUCCGACUUCGGCCUCGCCAUUCGAGAGAGAAAAUACUUCCACAAGGGCAAAAAGAGAAAAAAAAAGCAAAAAAAGAAAACAUACAGCAGCGCCGGAUUCCCAUGUGGUCACCCACCAUAGUACUAAUGGGCCGAUAUGAGGCUUAUAUAGGAGUGAGCGGACGGGGACUCUAGUUUUCCUCAUUCUAUGACCGUAUGUGCCAG